AUGUCAAGAAGUGCCACCGCCAACAACUCCAACAAUGGUGUAUUAGAAUUUGGUGCCUCUUCUAUAAACCAAGUAAAACAAUACAUUGACAACAACAAAGUAUUGAACCUUGAUUACGAAAUCGAUCAUUCGCGAUUAUUUGAGUGUGCUGCAGAAAUUGCAGUAACUGUUUAUCCAGAAUGGAAUAAAAAUGAUUUGGAAUGUUCUCAAUUUACUGAUGGUCUAACUAAUAAAUUGAUAAGAUGUAAAAACAAGAAAGAAAAUUUCAUACUUCUUAUUCGUACCUAUGGAACUAUGACUGAGAUGUUUUUGAAUCGGGAGCAAGAAAUUCAGAAUAUUAUUUCACUUUCGCACUUUGGCUUCGCUGCUCCAAUAUACGCGAGAUUCAAAAAUGGAAUUGCAUAUGGUUAUGUUCACGGCCGACCAUUAACUCUCGAAGAUUGUCAAAAUCCAGAAAUUUAUGGGCUGAUUGCGAAGAAAAUAGCCGAAUUGCAUCGUAUUGAUGUUGCUGGUUCCCAAAAACCUCUUGUGUUUCUUACUAUUCAUGAUUGGAUUAGUAAAGUUCCGCCGCGGUAUAGAAAUGCAAAAUUUCAAGCACAAUUUGAAAAAGAUAUUAAUUGGCCGCAGUUAGUAAAAGACAUUAAUCAUUUGGAGCAACAAAUUUUGAAGCUCAAUGCGCCCGUAAAGUUUUGUCACAACGAUUUAUUAUCUUUAAAUAUAAUUUACAAUGAAGACGAGAAAAGAGUUUCAUUUAUUGAUUGGGAGUACGGGUGUUAUGGGUACCGAAGCCUGGAUAUUGCGCUGCAUUUUAUCAACUUUGCAGGGUUCGAAGCUUCUUGGCAUCAAUGCCCGAAAAAAGACUAUCAGAUUAAAUGGCUUCGGCACUAUCUUCUGGCAUAUAAUUCAGGAACCGAAAUAACAGAUUACGAUGUCGAGCUUCUUUACCGAGAAGUCACAAAGUUUGGGCUAGUCGGUCUUAUUCAUAUUGGAUUAUGGGCUUUACUUCAAGCUAAUUUAUCUGAUCUCGAUUUCGAUUUUAUGGGUUAUGCUGUUGAAUUGUUUAAUGAAUUUUAUCGUCGUCGUGAUCACGAACAAAUCUUGAAGCUUUAA